AAAAUAGGUGCAACCCAGCUGGUUCUGAUCCGAUUCUUCAGAUCUUCUGGUCCAACAUAAGCUGAACUUGUGACCGUUUCCUGUUUAUCAUAAAAAUGAUUUUCAUGUUGCUGUUUGUCUAAUAAAACUCUGUCAUAGUCGCUGCUGAAUGGUUUCUAUUUCAUCUCUGGCCUUCGGGUCGCGAGAUUCAAUAUAUUCAGUAACGGGUUUUAUUCAUGACGCCUUUAUAAAUAAAUAUAUCCACCUCCAUGAAGAAACGAUGAUUAAAAUGAGAGCAGCACUGAAAGUCCGUCUGAAACUCAAAAUCAUGAAGGGAAGAACCAGAGAAGGACGUCUAAAGAUUAAAAUAAUAAUAUACUGUUCAGGGUUAUAACUUGUGUAUUUAGCAGAAACAAAUAUACUCCAAUGUGCAACUGAGUGUUUUUUUAAUUGUUUAUUUAUGAACCUUUAUAUAACCAGGUAGAAACCGCUGAGACCAAAGUCUUUGUUACCACGGUUACCAGGGUGAAAGGUCAUGGAAAAGAUAGGCUGUUUACAAAGCCACUUUGGCGAAUGUGAUCAAUAAAACCUCUAACUCCCUCUGCUGGCCGACUGAAGACAUUGCAGCACAAACAUGCCCUUAGUGUGCGCGUUUGUGUUUGUGCGCGUUUGUUUGGAACAUCUAGAAAUGAAUGGAAGUCAAUGGAAAGUCCCCACAAAGAUAGUCACACAAACGUGUGUGUGUGUGAGUCUUGCUGCAAGUUUAAAGCCAAUGACCUUUGAACCCUGCCGGUACUCUCCUGUAUUUACUCGUAAAUAGUGGCUGGAGGAGCAAAACUUUGACCUUUGCCCUAUAAUGAACUUCCUGUUUGAUAAAACCAGGGAGAGAGAGAGAGAGAGAGAGGGAACAAACCGGGUCAGAACCAAACAAGAACAGGCCAGAAAAGAAGAAGAAAAGAGGAAGAGGAACCCAACUGCAGCAACUGCAGCAACUGCAGCAUGGCGCAGCACCACGACAGACACAUUCAGCUGAAUGACGGCAACCGCAUGCCGCUGCUGGGGCUGGGGACAUGGAAGGCCUCCCAGCAGGCGCCCGUCCAGCCCGCCGUGGAGGCCGCCAUCGCUGCCGGUUACCGCCAUAUCGACACCGCCUUCAGCUACGGGAACGAAGUGGAGAUCGGCAAAGCGCUGCGUUCCAAGAUGGAGCAGGGUGUCAUCCGGCGGGAGGAUGUGUUCAUCGUCAGUAAGCUGUGGUGCACGCACUUUGACCCCGAGGACAUCCCCGUCUGCCUCAACCGCUCCCUGCAGGACCUGCAGCUGGACUACCUGGACCUGUACCUCAUCCACUUCCCCGUCGGCUUCAAGAAAUCGGGAGACGAUCUGUUUCCACGGAAGGACGGGAAGAUCGUGACGUCGGACACGGACUAUGUGGACGUGUGGCGGGGUCUGGAGGCGCUGCAGGCCUCCGGCAGGGUGAGGAGCAUCGGCGUGUCCAACUUCAGCGUCUUGCAGCUGGAGCGCCUCCUGGCCCUCUGCAGGGCUCCUCCUGCUGUCAACCAGGUGGAGCUCCAUCCCUACAUGGUCCAGAAGGAUCUGGUCGAGUUCUGCAGGUCCAGAAACAUCGCGCUGACGGCCUACAGCCCCUUCGGCUCCCCUGGAAGACCAUCAGAGCUGAAGAGAGGCGAGACCGACCCCCACCUGCUGCUGCAGGACCCAGUGGUUGCUGACAUCGCAGGGAAGCACCGCCGCAGCCCAGCACAGGUCAGCAGGGGGUGUGUGUGUGUGUGCCAGGGUGUGUGUGUGUGUGUGGGCUGUAGGGUGGCCGACCCCGUCGCCAAGGCCGACCCCGUCGCUAUGCAGGCCGACCCCGUCGCCAAGGCCGACCCCGUCGCUAUGCAAGCCGACCCCGUCGCUAUGCAGGCCGACCCCGUCGCCAUGCAGGUCUUCGACUUCGACCUCGGCGAAGACGACAUGGACGCCCUGAGAGGCCUGGACCGCGGCUGGAAGGCCUGCGUUCUGGAUGAAAUCAAGUCCCACCCCUACUACCCGUUCGAGUGACGGAGGGGGCGGAGCCACCCGGACCGCACCAUGAAGAACCACGUGACCCGAUCUGAAACGAAAACCCGGUUCUGGUGGUUCUGAUGCUUUUAUUACAGUACUGAGAACAUAAACACCUCUGGAGAGUAACAGUUUAGUCUGGCUGGUUCUGGUGGUUCUGAUUAACUGCCAGAUCCGACUCGUUCGAUUUUUAUACUUUUUGAUUCUUCUUGAGUUUCUGCUUAGAGCAAAAACACAAAGUCUGUUCUGACCUCCGACCCAGAACCUCCACCCAGAACCUCCGACCCAGAACCACCGACCCAGAACCUCCGACCCAGAACCUCUGACCCAGAACCUUCGACCCCGAACCCCGACCCAGAACCUCCGACCCAGAACCUCCGACCCAGAACCUCCGACCCAGAACCAGAAGGCUUCAAAACCUCCCUGGUUCUGUCUGGACCUCCCGACCCGCUUCCUCCCGUGGUUCUGGACCGCUCCAGAACAGAAUCUCCUGGAAACAUUUUAAAAAGUCAACAUCUGAUCAGAUUGUUUUUUCCUUUGAUCAUAAAUAAAUCUGAAGAAGCUG